AUGGACGUCCAAGACCGUCACUUCCCGGACAACAGGUUUGACUAUCAACACUCCGAGAAUGGUUGUUGCCUUGUCAUCGCUUCACCCAGUGACUGCUCUGCCCCACAGGAAAAGAUUCCCCUGGACAAGUCUGUGCUGGACGAGGACGAGGAGGAGAGACAUCGGGUUGAACGGGAGUUCGCGCAGAAGCAUCAUCCCUUGGGCAAGAAGGACCAUGAGGUCGCUCGGCAGAAAGUCAAGGUCCCCAGACUUGCCUUGAGCAAACUGCCUCGCAACGCGGAGUGGACUUGCAAUCCUGCAUCGAAGCAGAUCCUUCCUCCUUACCUGACGGCGAGGAGGCGAUUGGUAUCUGCGAGCACCCGCCCCAGGAGUGACAGGAAGGAGGGUUCCAUGACUGCGCGGUUCUAUGAAUUGUCACGGGGAGUUGAUGAAGAUGUGCUCGUGGACUCAUCGAACUUGUCUCAUCACAAGUUCCGUCCGACCGACUUCGCAGGAAAAAACCUCAUGAUGCAUGAGAGUACAUGGGAGUCUGGUAGCACAAGCCAGUCCGGUGACGCGAAGGGAAGGGCGUUGAAGAGAAGCCAGAAGUGUUAUGAAAAGUUGAUGAGGGAGCUACAGAUACUUGAUAACCAAUGA